GAAGCCAUUUGAGAGAAAACUUGUAAGCUUGAGUGCCUAUCUCGCCUAUUAGCCUUUCUAUCUUUUGAAUCUUGUAUCCUGUAUUAUCUUUCAUUUUCUUUAUCUUGUAUCUUCAAGCCUCUGCAAGGCUUUGUAUCAAUCUCCGUUUAUACAAAGAAGCCGUUGAGCGCCUUACCACCGAUACUCCGGCGCCGCUUCCAGCUCUGUCCCCCGCUUCUCCGCCGACCUCCAGCCAACUCAUUGGUUACUUGCUUCGUGCUAUCAAUGACUACUUUCGGAGCCGCUUCGGCGCCGAACCCUAAUCCGAACAAAUCCUUUGAGGUGGCUCAGCCUCCUAGUGAUUCAGUUUCAAGCCUCAGUUUCAGCCCGAAGGCCAAUUACCUGGUUGCUACUUCCUGGGAUAACCAGGUAAGAUGUUGGGAGAUAUUGCAUAGUGGGACUUCUGUAGGCAGUACACCCAAGGCUUCAAUAUCGCAUGACCAUCCGGUUUUGUGCUCAACUUGGAAAGAUGAUGGAACAACUGUUUUUUCUGGUGGCUGUGAUAAGCAAGCAAAAAUGUGGCCUUUGUCGGGUGGUCAGCCAGUGACUGUGGCCAUGCAUGAUGCAGCCAUCAAAGAUAUUGCUUGGAUCCCAGAGAUGAGCCUCUUAGUCACAGGAAGUUGGGACAAGACCCUAAAGUACUGGGAUACUAGGCAGCCAAAUCCUGUGCAUACCCAACAACUCCCUGACCGCUGUUUUGCACUAACAGUGAGGCAUCCUCUGAUGGUUGUUGGCACUGCAGAUCGAAAUUUGAUUGUCUUCAACUUGCAGAACCCACAGACUGAGUACAAGAGAAUCAUUUCACCUUUAAAGUAUCAGACAAGAUGUGUUGCUGCCUUUCCUGAUCAGCAAGGUUUCUUGGUUGGCUCGAUAGAGGGAAGGGUUGGUGUACACCACCUUGACGAUUCACAGCAGACUAAAAACUUUACUUUCAAAUGCCACAGAGAUGGCAAUGAGAUAUACUCUGUCAACUCUCUAAAUUUCCAUCCUGUGCAGCACACUUUUGCAACUGCAGGAUCUGAUGGUGCUUUUAAUUUCUGGGAUAAAGACAGUAAACAGAGACUUAAGGCAAUGGCAAGGUGCAGUGCACCCAUACCCUGCAGUACUUUCAACAACGAUGGUUCACUAUUUGCAUACUCGACGUGCUACGACUGGAGUAAGGGUGCGGAAAAUCACAAUCCAGCAACAGCCAAGACCAACAUUUUCCUGCAUCUGCCACAGGACGCCGAGGUUAAAAGCAAGCCACGAGUUGGAACUGGUAGAAAGUGAAGGUGCUUUACCAGACUCAUACAGUGGCUGUACAAAAAUUUAGUCAGUCUUUUUUUUUUUUUUUUUUUUUGGUUUAUUCAGUGGUUCAGAAUCUUCUUUCUGUGCAUCUUAGUGAUAUUUUCAAGAUCCUUGUGAGAUCAUUUUGAGAUUUUAUGAUUAACCAGUCUAACCUUGAUUACAUUAAUCUUGGUUUUUUUUUAUUA